CGGAAGCGGAGAGACCACCCUGGGUCACGACGGAUAGCUGAAGUCACUUUUCGGUCGACCUCUAAAGACUCAACGUUGUCUGAGGAAGAAGCCCGGAAGAGGAGGAAGAGGAAAGAAAAGGAGGCAGGAAUGGCUCUUUCUCAGGAACAGUUGACCUUCAAGGAUGUGGCCAUAGAAUUCUCUCAGGAGGAGUGGGAAUGCCUGGACCCUGCUCAGAGGGCCUUGUACAGGGAUGUGAUGCUGGAGACCUACAGGAACCUGCUCUCCCUGGUUGUUUGAUCCCAAAUCAAAAAGGCACCCGUUGAGAUUACUCCUCUCUGCCCUUGGAUGCCGCCGAGUCAGCAUCGUUGACGUCUCCCCACUCCACCGCCAUCGUGUCUAAGUCAGAGUCUCCCAA